UCCUGAAGUUGAUUUGUGAGCUGAAAUCUCAGCUCCAUUUCACCUUAUUAAUGCCUUUUAAAUCCAUAUUUCUAUUCUUUUUUACGGCUCCUCUGCGCCACCACCACCUCCUCCGCCGUCGCCGCCGCCGUCACUCCCUCCUCCACUAUCCUUCUCUCCUAAUCCUGACCAACAAACACUGAGAGCCCACUCCAAGCCUACCACUCAAUUUCUUCAUCUUCUCCGUUUUUUUCUCUUGCUUCUUUGCGGGAUUUUCAGUAAAGAUUCCAUGCUCUUUCUUCCAACCGAAGCACCUGCAGAUCCGCAGCUUAAUCAAGUUUUCUUGUUCUGGGAUUCAGUGCACGAACGGCAUUUUUUUGAAUGGGGCUGUUUUCUAGAUCACGGCUUUGUCCGUUUGCGUGGGUGGAUUUUGUUUAGGUCAUUGCUGUUUCCAGUGCCUGGAUCCGGGGGUUUUCUACUGGAUGGUUUGAAUUUUGUCUCUAAAAUUUGGCGUUUCUGACAAGUUUGUGUCUCAUCCAAGAAGUGGAUGAUUGCGAUAUUGCAUAAAAAUGUCGAGGAAUGCUAAAUGGAAGCUUGAGAAGACAAGAGUAAAGGUGGUCUUCAGGCUUCAAUUUCAUGCCACGCAUAUUCCGCAAUUUGGAUGGGACAAACUAUUUAUAUCUUUUAUUCCUGCUGAUUCUGGAAAGGCAACAGCAAAGACAACUAAAGCAAAUGUGAAAAAUGGAGCCUGCAAAUGGGCUGAUCCUAUCUAUGAAACAGCUAGGCUUCUUCAAGACACUAGAACAAAGAAAUAUGAUGAUAAGCUCUAUAAACUUGUGGUGACCAUGGGCUCGUCUCGUUCGAGCAUUCUUGGGGAAGCUGACAUCAAUCUUGCUGAUUAUGCUGAUGCAUUGAAGCCUUCAGCUGUUGCCCUGCCUCUUAAUGGGUGUGAAUCAGGAACUAUUUUACAUGUUACUGUACAGCUUCUUACUUCUAAAACUGGUUUCAGGGAGUUUGAGCAGCAAAGGGAGCUUAGGGAGAGGGGGCUUCCGACGUUCUCCGAUCAAAAUAGUCAUGGUGAAUCUCCUAGCGGAAAAGUGUCACUAUCCGAUGAUUCAGUGAAUAAUCAUUCAAAUAAGGUCAAUGCAAGAAUUAGGUCCAAAGAAGUAUAUAGCGAACUCCCCUUACUGGAAGACGAGGUUGGGCGAAAAGAAGAGUAUGCAGAUUCAGCAACCGGUUUCGAUGGCUCGUCCAAUACUUCAGAAAGUCUAUAUGCUGAGAAACAUGACAUUGACAGCAUAAAAAGCACAGUAUCUGGUGAUCUAGGUGCCAUUUUCACUGGCCAAAGUCCUGGGUCAGAGAAAGGAGACCAGGGUGAUCAUCAAUAUUCAGUGCAGGGAUCCAAUAAAUGGGCUCAUAACUGGGGUUCUGACUAUGCUGCUGAUGGUGAACUGGCUGCUGUAUAUAAAGAAAAUCAUAGACUUAGAGAAAGCUUGGAAGUAGCCAAGUCCUCGAUUGUCGAGUUGAAGCUAGAGGUAAGCACUCUGCAAAAUCAUGUCGAUGAUAUGGAUGUCGAAACACAAAAAUUUGCUUGGCAGCUUGCUUCUGAGACUUCUUCAGGUAAAGAACUGACAGAAGAAGUUUCAGUAUUGAAAUCCGAGUGUUUAAACCUUAAAAACGAGCUCGAGAGAUUAAAAAAUUUGCAAUCAAGUCUUUCAGAAUCUAGAAAAGAAAUUGUGGAUAGUGACCAGGAUAACUUAUCCCAAAAGUUAGAGCUAAAAUGGUUAAAGGGGCUCUUAACAAUGGAGGAAAAGAUUAGAGAUAUACUAAAUAAGGCUCACUUUGGAUGUCAAGACAGAGAUGUUCGGUUUCUUCUGGCCGACUUGGAGGCCUUGCUCUGCUUUCUACAAGAUUUCAGAGAACGAACGGAACAGGAAAUUUCAUGUGUCAAAGCAAACCAAAAUGAGAUCCGAAAGUUAAACUCCCCGAUAUUGGCAUCGGGAACUGGGUUCGAUUCAGACAUUUACCACACUGAUAGCAUGCUUCAUUGUCUUAUACCGGGUCUGGUGUCGUACGAGCCCAAUUCUAUAGAUGCCUUCAGUUCAAUGAAAGGGAAAAUUUUUGAACUUCUAAGGGAGUUGGACGAGUCAAAAGCGAAACAGGAAAGCCUUGCACAGAAAAUGGACCAAAUGGAAUGCUAUUAUGAAGCUUUUAUCCAUGAACUUGAGGAAAAUCAGAGACAGAUUAUUGGAGAGCUGCAGAAUCUCAGAAAUGAGCAUGCAACAUGUAUAUAUACUAUCACGGCUUCUAAGGAUGAAAUAGAAGCCCUGCAUCAUGAAAUGAAUAACCAUUUAAUGAAGUUUGCUGAAGAGAAGAAGAGCUCAGAUUUCAUCAACAAGGAGCUUGAAAGGAGGGUUUUUAGUGCUGAGACGGCUCUCAAAAGGGCACGCUUAAACUACUCAAUUGCCGUGAAUCAGCUACAGAAGGACCUCGAUCUACUAUCCGUCCAGGUGACGUCCAUGUAUAAAACUAAUGAGAACCUCAUUAAGCAUGCACUUACUGGUUCUUCACUUCCAAGUAGUCGAGAAUACUGUGAAAUAGGUUCGAAUCCAAAAGUCGAAUUGGAGGAAUUUUCUACGGGAAAACUCUUGCAGUGUCAGAAUCAUGAUGCAGGGGUAAAGAAAUAUCAUUUUACGGGCGGUAUUUUCUCUGAAGACUUGAAAAGGUCUCUCUACUUGCAGGAAGGGCUGUAUCAAAAGGUUGAAGAUGAAGUCUUUGAAGUGCAUUUAGUAAACAUACACCUGGAUAUAUUUUCAAAGACGCUGCAAGAAACGUUGCUUGAAGCGAGUUCUGGUUUUCGACUUAUGAAAGAGAGAAUGAAUGAGAUUAGUCAGCAGCUGGAACUAUCAACCAAGUCCAAGGAAUUAUUGUUUCUUGAACUGCAAGCUUCUUUGGAAGAGAUUGAUUCUCUUAAUAAAUAUAAAACUGCGAUCGUUGCAAAAUACAACGAAAUGGAAUCGAAGACUGAAGUUUUAGAAGAAAAUUUAUUAAACGUUACUCGUGAAAAUUCCUUGCGGGCCAAGAAAAUGGCAGAAUGUGAGGCCUUGAUGACAGAAUAUAGAACUUUUGAGAAAAAGUAUCAGACUUGUCAUAUGGAGAAGUUAGAGCUGGAAAAUUUAAUGAUGGAGAAAAGCCUUGAAAACGAAAAACUUCGUAAUGAGAUUUCUUCUUUGCACGAAGAAUUCAAAGCUCGUAAAGUUGAAUUCGACAACCUCGUUUCAGUGAAGGAGGAUCUGCAUAAUACUGUUGAUUUUGCUCAUGAUAAGUUGAGUAACUUAUUGGCUUCCUGUGACAAAAACUGUAACAAUCUCUUUACCUUAGGUGAUUCUGUUCAUGAUGAUUUGGAUUCAAAGAGCUUAGCAGGCGUGGUUUCGCAGUUCGAAAAUCUCCAUCUUGAUGCAUGCAAGAAAGUUCUUCAGCUAAUGAACGAGAACGAGCGUCUAAUGGAAGAAAGAGAUAUGGCUCAAAAGUCCUUGAGCACAGCAGCAUCAGAGAAUCUAAUCAUGAAAGAGAAUCUUGAACGUGUAAGACAAGACACGGUCGACCGAUUGGAUAAAGCGAAUGAACUAGUGCAAAAGUUUCAUAUAGCAAUGGAGACUGUUUCUGAAAACAUUAAUAGCAGUGAAGCUGGAGAUAAAUUUACCCAGCAGCAUAAAGAACUUCUGUCUGUUCUCGAUCAUGUCGAGGAUGAACUCGAACAACUGACUUCUAAAAACAAUGGGCUUGAAAAUGAAAUGAUGGCGCUGAGAUUGGUAGAUGAAGAACUUGGAAAUUGUAAGUUUACGAUCGAACUCUUAGCGAAGGAGAAAAACGCUCUAGUUGAGUCAUUACAUGAAAAAGUAGAGGAAUCAAUGAAGCUUAAGUUUGAGCUGGAUCGUUCAAAAGAUAAUUCUGAAUCAGAGAAAAGUUUGAGAAAUAGUUUGGAGAAAAGAAUUAAAGAUCUCGAUGAUCAUUUUGAGAAAACGAAGGCCGAAGUUGGAAGUCUCAAGCGAUUGGUAUCGAAGCUCGAGUCGGAGAAAUCAAGACUCAACGAAGAUUUACUUCGGUCCGAGGAACUUCUUAAGCGCUUCGAUCAAGAAAACUCUUCCUUGGUUUGUUUGGAAUGUGAAUUAUGUGAAAUGCAUGAAUUUUCAAUAGCGGCAGAUGUUAGCCUAGUUUUCAUAAGAUCUCAGUAUCAGAACCAUCUUGAAAAUCUUGUUCAGAAACUUGUGUUAUCAGAAACCGAGUUAGAAGCUUUUGCUUCGGAAAACAAAACGCUUCUUGAUGCAAACAAAAAAGUGACGAUUCAGUCCGAGGAAUUACGAAACCAGACUAAAAUUUUGGAGGUUGCAGCUGAUGCUGAUAGAACUCAUCAUGCUCAAGAGAUUGAAAAACUGGGGAAAAAGUUGAAGACUUAUGAAACUGAAAUUCAUGAUUUGUUGCUUUGUAAGGAAGAAUUGGAAGUAAGUUUGUUGGUUGUCCGAUCGAAAUUGGACGAACAGCACGCUCAUAUAAUCAUGCUCGAAGGUAUGAGCGACGAGAUGGUAAUCUUGCAGAAUAAGUGUAAUGAUCUAACCCAGAGGCUUUCUGAACAAAUCUUGAGAACAGAAGAAUUCAAGAACUUGACUACUCACUUGAAGGAUCUAAAAGACAAGGCCGACGCAGAAGGUCGACAACUUCGUGAAAAGAAAGAGAACGAAGGGACAUUGAAUUCCGUGCAAGAGUCUCUUAGAAUUGCAUUCAUCAAAGAGCAAUACGAAACGAAGUUGCAGGAACUGAAGCACCAGCUCUCUGUGUCUAAGAAACACAGUGAAGAAAUGCUGUGGAAGUUGCAAGAUGCAAUCGAUGAAGUCGAAAAUAGGAAAAGAACUGAAGUUUCUCACAUAAAACGAAAUGAAGAGCUCGGAAAUAAGAUCCUGGAGCUGGAAGAUAACUUGAACGCAGCUGUUUCCGAAAAGCGGGAAAUAACGAAGGCGUAUGAUUUGGUGAAGGCUGAAAAAGAAUGCUGUUCUAUUAGCCUUGAAUGCUGCAAGGAAGAAAAACAAAAGCUUGAAGAUUGUUUGAAGAAAUGUAAUGAUGAUAAACUAAAAUUUUCAAUGGAACUGAACCUAAUGAAAGAUUUACUGGAGAGUUACAAAAUGUCCUCAGACCAAGAAAAUGCAGCUCCUUGUGAAGAAGCGGAAUGCACAAGAUCGGUUUCAGCUGAUGAGACCGAUAAUUCACAAGCUUUCGUCAAUGGUCGAGGGCGACCCGAGCAGGAUGUUCGGAUGUUGAGAAGUGUCGACGGGCUCCAAGAUGGCUCUCCUGGCAAUCAAGAUGGCUCACUGCAUGAUGAGACAAAGCAUUUAGCUCUGGUAAAUGAUAACUUCAGAGCUCAAAGCUUGAAAUUUAGCAUGGAUCACCUAAAUGAAGAGUUGGAAAGAUUGAAAAACGAAAACUCGCUUGUGCCUGAUGAUCAUACUUCUGAGGCGGAUUUUCCUGGGUUAGAAUGUCAACUGAUGCAGUUACAUAAGGUGAACGAAGAACUAGGAAGCAUAUUCCCUCUGUUCAAGGAGUUUUCGAGCAGUGGCAAUGCUUUAGAACGGGUACUAGCUUUGGAGAUCGAGCUCGCUGAAGCGUUGCGAGCUAAAAAGAAACCGAGCCUACAUUUUCAGAGUUCUUUCUUGAAGCAACACGGCGAUGAAGAAGCGAUAUUCCGAAGCUUUCGAGACAUCAAUGAGUUAAUCAAAGACAUGUUAGAUCUAAAGGGAAAGUACACAACUGUCGAGACUGAGCUGAGAGAGAUGCAUGACCGUUACUCCCAAUUAAGCCUUCAGUUUGCAGAGGUUGAAGGGGAGAGACAGAAGCUCAUGAUGACUGUCAAGAACGUCCGAGCGUCCAGGAAGCUUCUAAAUGCCAAUAAUCGACCAUCGUGGUCAUCCCGAGAGGAGCAUUCUCCUUCGUAGCUUCUUGGCUUCCUAAGGUGGUCUCUAUUGUGUCUUUCAUAGGUUGUUGAAAUCACGUUCCAGUUCAAAUAUUACACCAAGGGCUCCAUCUUCGGGUUCGAGCAUGAUAUGACCAAGGAUAUUGAUAGUCAAGGGAGCGAGGCGGUACGAGUUAAGAGUUGAGUGAGCUGCACAAGUGAAAAUGCAACAGUUUUGUGUAAAUAAGAAGAAAGCCUUCUGCACGUAUUGAUUCACCAGUUGGUAGAGCAUUAUGAAGUAUAGGAUGUUGUGUUCUAUUUCCAUGUAAUUUUUUUUCUGUACAGUAAAUGAAGAAAUAUACCUUCUUCGUGGCUACAGGACACUUAACUCUCCAAAUAUUACGAAGAGAUAGCAAUGAAACCAUGUCCAUUCUCAAUCAAA